ACUUGGCAAAGUGACAGAAGCAUGCUUAGUUUAGAGGCGGGCGGCGAUAGAUGUUCCUUUGCUGGCAUGUGUCAAUCGCAUUCCUGACUCCUCCCCAUCAAUUAGGAAUACAAUCACCAACUUAAUUGAACCCUUAUUGUUAAUUACUUGGGCGGGGCCUAAAAAGAACCUGUGGGGUUGAAUUGUACAUUUACUAAUUUCAAUUUUGCAGCGCCUCAAAUAUUUUCAUAACCAAUUCUGUGGCUUCCUUUCGCAGAACGAUUAACUUCGUACGAACGUGGCGCGUGGGUUGUGGCAAAAAAGGUAGCUUUCGCGAAGUUUUCAGCAGAUGUAGGGUUCCGUAUUUCAACGCCGCUGGUAUCCUGACAUUUGCAUAUCGUAUGAAAACUGCCAGGGCCAUUGGCACACGGCUCAAAUUGAUCCCCAAAUAAAUACAUUCGAGAAAUCGAUGGUAUCAUCGCGACCUUCACCCUAAAGGGAAAUACCAAUAUUAUAUUUCUUAAUUCUCCGACCUCCCGUGCUACACGGGUUACCCAUAAAUUAAGCGCCACGUUGGUUUUCAGCCAGUUUCUUUUGAACAUCGUUUGUGGCGCGAUGGUUGAACUUCAAGCUUUGGGCGGUGCUCGCUCUCUGUUCUUUGGUGUAGUCGCCUUUCUGGUUUGCCUCCAAAUUACGAAAGUUUCCCCCGCUGGGAGUUCAUCUGGAGUGUUGUCUACCCAAACAUCCCAGGACAGUAAAGGAAAAACCAAGGAUAUACCUGCGAGCCUCGAGAAUUCAAACUUGCAGGGUGCUGAUAAUGGCUCCGAUUCCGUGAAUCCAGCAGAAAGUUGGAACUUCUUCAGAAAACGAGGUGGCAAAGCAAACAAAGGGAAAAAAGAAAAACACAACAAAGAAAACUCUAAGUCGCAGUGUGACCCUAGUCCUGGUCCCCCAGGUCCUCCCGGUCCACCCGGUCCAGUCGGGCCUCCUGGAGCCCAGAUCACCGAGGCUACAAUGAUGGCUGAGUUUAGAAGCAUGGUACAGGAAAGCGCAAACCGGCGAUCAAGGCGAAUUGCAGACCAGAAUAUUAGUCUCAUGGCUGCAGGAAUCCCAGACCUUUUGUCUGCUCACCAUAUUGUCCUGCGAUAUGAUGUGACUGUACCAAAGAAAUCUCAUCAGGAGUUGAAGAACUACAAGCAGCCAGGUGAACACUCUGGAACGUUUGUGCGUGGAAACGACAUAGACCUCCGUUCCGGUCGAUACGCCAUACGAUAUACGGGUGUAUAUCAGCUAACAGCCCAACUGGUGAUCUCGCGCGACAGGGAGGCAAAUCUGCGCCCGCGGGACUAUGUUAAAAUCAGUAUCUGCAUCAGUUCCCUGUGUGAAUUAAACACGUCUUUAACUACAAUAACAGGAAUGGAAAGCAAUAGCCUCAAGUUUACAGUCUCAGUGACUGGUAUGCUCAUGCUCAAGGUAAUAUACUAUAGGCGCAAACGCAAACCUAUAGGUUUAAAUUUUUUUCACGCGAAUUUUCCUUUUUGAGUAACGAGCACUUAGCGAAUAGUCAGCGAUGAGGAAGCCAAUCAGAUCCGCGGAUUCACUGAUAGCCAACGUUCGUGCAAAAGCAACCUCGACCCUGGGAACGAGGUUGGCGCACACGCUUUUGAAAGCUGGAAAGUCUUCAAAUACCGUAAAUCCUCCAAUAGCGCCCGGGG